AUGCCGGUGGUGGUUGGGCAAAUAGGGGACCGCCCUUUAUUGGCGCCUAGAGACCGCGGAGCCAACACUGCUUUGGCUAGGAGAAGCCUGGUGAAGGACGAGGAGCUUACAGGGGAAACGUCGACCCUCACUCUCGCAGAUAGCACAGUAGGGUACAUUUCUAAAGCCAGAAUUCUAGGGUCCACGCCAUAUUAUGCUGGACAGGUAGUGGCGAAAGGCGUAGAGCAACCCAUCUACGACCUCAUCUUGGGAAACAUUACGGGUGCAAGAAGUAUUGAGGACCCCGAUCCCGAAUGGAGGAUGCUCGACGUUGAAGAACACCCAAAGGAGGAAAGGCCCACGGCAGCUCAGGCGAGUGAUGGGGAUGGAGCAGUCAGUUUCUCGUCGGCAGUGGAGACAGGAGCUCAAGCGACAGGGAGAGCAACGCAGCGUUUGGGAAAAAAGAAAGAGGGUAAAGAGAAGAAGUGCAAAGAUGAGAAGCGCACGUGCGAAGCCAAGUCCAAAGACAAGGAGCGCAGGAGCAAAAACAAGUCUAAAGACAAGAAGCGAACGAGAAAAGACAAGUCCAAAGAAAAGAAGAGCAAGAGCAAAGAGAAGAAAAGCAAUGGCAAGGAUAGUAAAGAGAAGAAGAAAAAGAAGGGUUUCUGUCCCUGGCUAAGAAGCAAAAGCAGCAAGAGCAGCAAGAGCACCAAAGAGAAAUGGGGACGCAAGCGCAACUCCAAGAAGGUCAAGAAAGGCUCCUCUAAGGAGGGCAGAUCGAGAUCCAGAAGGAAGGAGAAGGCUGGCAAGGCUAAGUCCAACAAGGAGAAGAUGGGCAAAGGAAGCAAGGAGAAGGCGGACAAAGGCAAUAAGAAGUCGAGCAAGGAGCGGGCCUCCAAGAGGCACAGCAAGGAAAAGAGCAGCAAGGAGAAAGACAACAAGGAUGAGCAACGUAAAGAAAGGCAACAAAGCAAGGAGAAACACAGCAAGGAUAAGCGCGGAAGCAAAGAAAAGCAUAGCAAUGACAAGAGGAGUAAGGAGUCCAGUGAGUCCAGUUUUAGCCUCCAAGAAUACUCAUUUCAGGUGGAAUAUAUUAAAGGCAGGGAUAACGUUGGAGCGGACUUCACGAGUAGAGCCAACUGA